AUGGAUCUGGAGGAGCAAGCAAAGAGGAAAGCGGCAGAGGAGGCAACGAAGGGAUCAGGUGAGCAUAACAGUGGUAGUGAUGGUGGAGGUGAUCCAUUAAUUACCAAGAGUGAGAUGAGGUCUAUGAUUUUGGAGCUCCUGGAGAUGGGCAUGAUUGGUUCCAGGCCACCUGAGCUGAAGCUGGAACUAACGCCAAACGAUGUGAAGCUGGAGGGAAGUAAAAAUUAUUUGAGUUGGGCUAGAAGAGUACAGGUGCUUCUAGGAGGAAAAGGGGUAGAGCACUAUCUGGCGGAGGAUUGUGUUGAGCCGGCUAACAAGCUUAGCCCCGAGUGGAGAGUUUGGUGUACGACAAACUCUACCAUAGUGGCGUGGUUAUUGGCAUCCAUGUCAUCGUCUGUUAGUAAAAUGGUGGAAGCUAUGCACACUACAACACAAAUAUGGAAAGCCCUGAGUAACAUGUAUUCCAAGCGAGGGAAUGUGAUGGUGAUGAUGGAAAUUCAAAACAAGGCUGAUGCAGUGAAACAAGCAGGGCGACCAGUGGAGCAAUAUGCUAGUGAGUUGCAGUACUUGUGGGGAGAGCUGGACCACUAUGCUUCACUUCAUGAUAGUCUACCUACCAUGGAGGAGGCUGUGUCAGCCAUGGUCAUUGAGGAGAGUAGACUUCGGAUGAUGAGUAGUAACAAUCCUAUAAAGUCGGCCUAUAGCACAAAGGCGGAGAGGGAGUGCUUCAACUGUGGAGAGAAGGGACACUUGAGCUACAAUUGUCCUCUACUUAGAAACUAUGGUGGUAGGAGUGGAACUCGUGGAGGUCGUGGUGGUGCUCGUGGUGAUCAAGGAGGUGGCCGUGGAGAAGGUCAUGCAGGAGGUCAUGGCAGAGGCCGUGGUGGUUCUCAAGCCAAUGUUGCUACCAUGGAGAGUGGUCCUCAAGUCAAUGCUGCUACCAUAGAGGAGGUUCCAUCUCUCACCUUGACUGGGGAGCAGGUCAAGCAGUGGGAGCAAUGGCAGAAGAUCAAAUCAUCUGAGAUCUCCAAAACUAAUCCAGCUGGUCCUGUGAUUGCCACCACCAAUCACUUUGGUAACUUUGCCAACUAUGCCCACUUGGGCAAAGGUACUCAGGCACAGGCACUUGCAUCUACAUAUAGGCAUAACAUAGAAUGGGUCAUUGAUUCAAGAGCUUCCAAGCAUGUCACCGGCAUAUCUAGUUCCUUUAAAACAUACACUCCAUAUUCCUACUCUAAGACUAUUCAAACUGCUGAUGGCACCUCCCAACCCAUUCAUGGUGAGAAGAGGACGGGGAGAGUGAUUGGGACUGGAGUCAGGCGUAAUGGGUUGUGGUUCAUCAACCAGGCAGAGUCAGCAUUGGCAGCAGCUAUUGGAGCACAGGAAAGGGAGGUCUUCUUGCUUCAUUGCCGAGGGACAUUUAUCACCAUUAUGGUAGUAUAUGUGGAUGACAUAGUGAUUACUGGAGAUGAUGUGGAGGAAAUCAAAUGUUUGAAAGAGAAUCUAGGAAGAGCUUUUGAGGUAAAAGAUCUAGGACCACUUCGGUAUUUCCUUGGAAUUGAGAUUGCUAGGUCGCCUAAGGGGAUUGUUCUCUCUCAAAGGAAAUAUGUCCUUGAUCUAUUGACAGAAACUGGAAUGCUUGGAUGUCGGCCAUGUAGUACUCCUAUUGACAAAAAUCAUCAAACCAUUGCUCAAUCCGGAGAUCCAGUUAAUAGAGAAAAAUAUCAAAGAUUGGUCGGGAGAUUGAUAUAUCUGUGUCAUACAAGGCCUGAUAUCUCCUAUGCACUGCGGCCGUUAAGAAAUGAGACCAUGAUGUUUCAUUGUGACAACAUAGCUGCAAUCAAUAUUGCAAACAAUCCGGUUCAGUUUGACCGCACUAAGCAUGUGGAAAUUGAUAGAUUCUUCAUCAAGGAGAAGCUUGAUAGUGGAAUCCUAAGACUAGAGUAUGUAAAAUCAUGUAGUCAACUAGCAGAUUAUUUCACAAAGGGUCUAGGACCUAGUGAGAAUGAGUUGAGUUGUAACAAGAUGGGCAUGUUAGAUAUCUUUAGCCCAUCUUGA